CGGUUAAGUCUCCCUUUCGUCCCCCUGGUAUCAUUGGGGUUGCGCCGUUGCGGCUUGAUACAAACAGGAAUGUGUGGUACAGUAAGCACAUUAUCAUUGCUCGCGUCCUGAGUCUUCCAUUCUGGAGAAGACCGAUUCAUGCAGGUAACUGUUAGUCCGACGAAUAUCUACGUACUAUCUACCUGCUUGCUUACUUGCCUUGUGGCCCAUUUGCCUACAGUGGAACAAGUCAGCAGUAUGUACAUAGGAGCAACGGCCUCGGAGGGAUACGCGAGGGAUCUUUAUAACAUGAAAUGUUCAAGAUCUUUUGCAUUAUUGUUCGAUCACUUGACAGGAACAUACGGCAUCUUUGCAUCUUGGUUUUUUUUAACAAGAGUGACGGCUAUGGAAUCCUCGUUCUUCUGCACGAUAGAUGAUCUGGUCGGAAUGAGACGAGGACGUACCCGAUUAUUUACCAUAGGCACGCAUUUGGCCAUGAGCAGACAAAUUUCCGUCUUUUGCCAUCAUCUGCCUCAAUUCCAUAACUACGGAGCAUAAUUCCACUCAGCAAUGUUCCUUUAUUCUAUGUAAACCCAUCUCGACAUUUCCGAAAUGCUCGCAUGUGCAAAGUUAGGGGCGAGUCAUCGAGUUGGCCAAUGAUAGAGCCGCUGUUUGUCUAAAGCCAUGUUUUUCC